UCAACCCCAACCAACUCUUCACCCGGCGUCACGAGCCCUCCCUCAGACGCCCCACCAGACUGUCCAAUCAGCAGCGAAACCGCGUGCGCAGAUUCAAACGCAGUUCUAGAAGGAGGCUGGGCGCGAGAAUCGGCGGGAUGGACAAAAAAAAAUACGAAAUCAAAAGAGGGCAGAUGACAGUAGGGGGGAUGAAUAGUGAUCGAGACAGUCUAAAAUAGUGGAAAAUAUGCGUAACAUCACUAAUCGGGACUCACAGCCACGGCUCGGGCACUGACAAAAACUAGAAAAACUCUACAACUUAAUUUGAUUGAGUCUAAGAAAAGGUCGCAUUGUAGAACAUCAUCGGAUUACUGUCCCGGUAAAUAUGUAAUUGGCAUCUCCCGAACAGAGCGAAGAAGCACAAACUGCAAUUAUAGGGUUGACAGCUCCUGGGUGAUGCAGCUUACAUGUGGAUUUGAGCCAGAGUGUUGACUGUAUAUGUAUUCAUAAAACUGGAACUAAGAUAAAGUAGCCGAUCGUGCAGUUUUCUAUAUUUGUGCUGCUGUUAUUAUUUUGCCAGAAAGAAAGCUCAUCACCAUGGCCAGCAUGAGGUCUCGCAGUGAGGAUGAAGAUGAUGAAGGAGUCCUUCAGGAUCAAGACUGUAAAUCUGCUGAGCUGAGGAAUUCUAAGAAAUUGUUGAGCAAAGUGAAGUGGUCCCGAGAAGAGGACGAGAAGCUAAAGAGGUUGGUAGACCAACAUGGACCAGAAGCCUGGGAUUUAAUUUCAAAUUACCUUCCAAAACGGACCGAUGCACAGUGUCAGCAUCGAUGGCAGAAGGUACUCAACCCAGAGCUGGUUAAAGGACCCUGGACCAAAGAGGAAGAUAAAAGAGUCAUUGAGCUUGUGCACAAAUACGGUCCGAAGCGCUGGUCUGUGAUUGCCAAGCACCUCCAUGGCAGAAUUGGCAAACAGUGCCGGGAAAGAUGGCACAACCACCUGAACCCUGAGGUGAAGAAGUCAUUGUGGACUGAGGAAGAGGACCGUGUCAUUUAUGAAGCCCACAAACGCCUCGGAAACAGAUGGGCGGAAAUUGCUAAAUUGCUCCCUGGAAGGACAGAUAAUUCAAUCAAGAACCACUGGAACUCUACAAUGCGGAGGAAGGUGGAACAUGAAGGGUACUUGCAAGACGAGUCGAACUCCCUCUGUAGAUCCAAACAUGCAUCCAAACGACGCUCCAAAGCAUACUCCCACCUGGAUGCCUUACAGACACAGAAUCAGUUUGUCAUGGCAUUUCCAUCUCAGAUUACUGGGUACUCCUUUAGUUCAGCAGAUGGAAACUGCAUGGAAGGUAUUCAAGACACUUCAGUGUGUGUUCCACAUCCAUUUGAUGAUGAUCCUGAUAAGGAGCAAAGAAUUAAGGAACUUGAGCUGCUUCUUAUGUCAGCUGAGAAUGAAGUUGGAAGAAAGCGAGUCCCAUGUCAGAGUGAAAGAUUUUCUAGCUGGUCCAGUAGUGGCUGCAUGACAAAUACUACAGUGAGCAGCCUGGAGGACCAAAGUGUGGAACACUGCCGAGCCGAGCAGCCCCCGAGCACAGCUGUCCCCCAGCAGCCGUCUCCCAGCAAGUUCCUGGCAGUGGAGGCGAGUGCCGUGCUGUCGUCCUUGCAGACAAUCCCAGAGUUUGCAGAAACACUGGAGCUUAUAGAUUCUGAUCCUGUUGCAUGGAGCGAUGUCACCAGCUUCGACCUGUCUCAAGUGGCCUCUCCGAUGAAGCAGACUGCAGCUCUGUUUCCACACAACCAGGAGUGCAUGAUUCUAGGCUACCAGUUCGAUGGCAGCGCAAUAUCAGACAUGAGCAGGAACUGUAGCAGCAGCAAUGGGCAAAUGGAACUGAUUCCUUUAACAUCGCCUGUUGUGGCCAAGUUCAGCACCCCCCCGUCCAUCCUGAGGAGGAAGAAAAAGGAGAGGACAAACCACUCCCCAUCGAGCGAGGGAAACGGCACUUCCUUCAUGGACACCAGUGGGGUGUCACCAAGAAACACUCCCGUCAAGUCACUGCCCUUUUCCCCUUCACAGUUCUUCAACAUUUCUGGGAAUGAAAAUUUCAAUCUGGACAACCCAGCCCUUACCUCCACUCCAGUUUGCAGUCAGAAAUAUCUUGUCACAACUCCCCUGAAGAAGGAAAUGACGCCCAAAGGCCAGAAGGAAAAUGCCGGGUUCAGAACACCUAAAAUUCGAAAGUCUAUUUUAGCCCCCACACCUCGGACUCCAACACCUUUUAAGAAUGCACUUGCUGCCCAAGAAAAGAAGUAUGGGCCCUUAAAAAUGAUGCCUCAGCCACUGGCUUAUCUGGAAGAGGACAUUCGUGAGGUGUUGAAGGAGGAGACAGGAAUGGAUAUAUUUCUCAGAGAGGAACUUGAACCAGCCUUCAGGGCCUGGAAACAAGAGCAUGAUGCUCCUGCAAGAAGAGUCAGGAAAUCCCUUGUCUUGGAUGCCUGGGAAAAAGAAGGCCUCGAUGUCCACUUAUUCUCACAAGACCAACUCUCUAAUGAACAGCCCCCGUCUGGAAACCUGCUCACCUGCUCCUUAUUCAUGACACCGUUAUUAGAUAAAGUGGAAGGCAGCUGCUCACCUGUGGCUGUGAAAGAGGAGCCCAGUAUAACCCACCAGCACAGCCCAUCUGUAAAAGAGAAUCCUUGUAUGUUAAGGAGUGCAAGAUUUGAAACACCCAUUCAGAUGAACAGUGAAUGGGAAACAGUUGUAUAUGGAAAGACAGAAGACCAGCUGAUAAUGACAGAACAAGCCCGGAAAUAUCUGAAUGCAUUUAAUAGUGGGAGUACAUCAAGAGCACUUGUUCUUUGAAUACUCAAUUUGUCACGUGCCAGACUGCUGGCAUACAUUAGCACUACAGAUAGUGAAAUAACCAGAACAGUGUACCCGACUUAUAAGCCGUGGUUUAUAUAUAAACACAUUUAACACUUUAGAUACAUCUUUUUAUUAAUUUUGUAUAAAUAGUAUAAAAGCUAUUAUUUCUUAAUUUUCUGAUGGCCUCAACACAAUGUAUGAGGUUUUAAUGUUGUGUACCGUUAAGUACACUGUGGUGAAAUAGGCCUUUAACUGGUGGUCUGUUUACAUUUUUUUUAACGAGUGAAGUCCAUCUGAACUUGGACUUUUUGUUUUUACCAGUUUUCUACAAGUUCUCUUACAUUCUAUAACAUUUGUGUAGGAAGCUUAACAUAAAACAUCUGCUUGGCCUAACAAAAAAAACAUAUUUUGGCAAUUAAGUAUUUUACAGUCUAAUGCCCCACCCCCAUCCCAAUUUCUUGUUUUCUUGGGAAAUUUCUUCCACAAAAUUCCUGUCCCUGAUAACUAUACAAACCCCCAUCCCCCACUGUAAUUGCCAACCAUCUACCAUAGGCCGAGUUAUGGAUUGGUGUUGUUUACUCAUGUUGUGGAUUGCACAAGACUCUUCAGAGAAUAAUUGAUUUACUUUGUAUCAACAAAAAUACCAAUGUAAACAAUUUAAGAAAUCCAGGUAAGGGUAUGUAAAAGUACAAGUGGAUUUAUAGACUUUUAAAAUGUAGGCGUUUUUCAGCACUAUAUAUUUUACAGCCAAAUUUAAGCAGCUUGCAUAUUUGGUUAUUGAACCACAUGAUUCAUAUAAAGCUACCAGGAGCUGCUUUUUUAACAUUUUUUUCCUGCUUUUAAAUAUGUAUAUGAAUGAUAGAUAAAGAAGGCUUGUGGAAAGGAAAAGCACUGUUCACAUUGCACUACUGGUCUUGGUAUGCUGCAGAAGGAAGAGGAGCAACUACAAUGUUUAGAAGUAGCAGGAUAGCACUUGAAAUACGAAUGCGUUUCAGCUUGACAGAAUGAAGUUUGAUAAACUUCUUCACAGUAUUUCUUUUAGGAGUCUCGUACCUGAGACAUUUAUUGAAUGUAUUGUACAGCGUGUAACUGCAGGGAAAAGUUGUAAAUUGGGAAGAAAAGGUACAUUUUUUAAUUUAUUUUCUGCUCUAAAGCUUAAUGUAGAUAUUUAUGUAUGUUGGGCAUCUAGAAGCAUUUUGUUGUUUCCUGUACAUGUACUGUUUUGACAACUUAUUUCUGUUUCACUGUCACCUCACUUGUGUUGCGUAGAAGUUGUAAUCUUCUAUCUAAAUUAAUCAUGUUUGGAUUUGUAAUUAUUUAUUUUCCUAAAUUGGAGACCACUCCUUUAAUAUAUUUAAGAAUGUAUGCAGAAACAUAAGUUGGACUAUAUUUUUGUGUAAUGAUAGGGAAUAUGUAUUGAAUGUUCUUUAGAAUGAUUUAUUACAGAAUAAAUUCAGAUUUAGCAAUUGAUAGAUUUUUUUUUUAAUGCUUUAUUUUUGUUUUCUUUCUUUUUGUUUUGCCACAAAUCUCCUAUAAAAUGAAUAAUAUCAGACUUCCACUGCCCGGUACAGUCUCAAGCCCAAUACAACAAUUUUUAUUUUUGAAAUCAGUAUAUGAUUAUAUAGACGUAUGCUGAGUACUAUUUAUUUCUAAGACAUAUGUAGCAAAUUUAAUUUGAAAUGUUUUAUCCUAAUUCACCCAUCUAGAAAUGUGUUUUAUUCUGUACAGGUAGCAACACUUUGCUUCAGUUGCUGUAAUGUAGGUAAUUUGCACUUUUAUUGUUUGAAGAAAUAUCUGUUUUUGCUUUUUUUUAGCUGGUAAUGUUAGCUGAAUAUAAUUGUGUGCAUGACAAAUUGAACACUGACAUUUAAGGAAAAAAAAGUAGAACUAUAAUACUGUUGUGUGUAUUUGAGCUAUUUAAUAUUUAGACACUCUUCCUCUCCACUUCUGAGAUGUGCUGCUAUCAACAAUGGCAGGAUAUGCUUGCUGCUACUGAGAGAUGGACAGAGAGAGCAUCUGAUGCACUGCAUAUACAAUCUUAAGAAAAUGGCACCAAGGUUCUCAAGUUAGCCCAUGGGGUCAAACAAUACAUAUUAAAAAAAAAAAAAAACACUGGGUUCACUUUGUGUGAUUGACAGCAUUAUUUUAGGAAGUAAAAAAAAAAAUAAUAACAUCCUGCUGUGGAUACAGUUACGUUUAUGUUUAUUCUAUAUGAGUAUAUUUAAAACAUUUUAAAUAUACUCCUAAGGCCCUAAGAGGGUGUGUUUUUUUUCAUGGUGAGACCCACCCUACGUUUCUUGCUUUAAACAUGUUGCUUCAGACACUGGAGCCUCAGGACAUUCCUCAGCAUUGCUGUCCUUACCAACCUACCCAAUUUUAUACAGCUAAAAUUUAAAUUUAAAUAACCUAUAUGGAAGAAAUGAGCUGAUAUAAAGAUAUUUCUAGUCUUAUUCCGGGACAGUUCACUAGUCUGUCUGCAAAUGCUUUGAAGAUGUACGACCAAGCCCGAGAAAAACCCAAAUACUUAAUCCUUUAACAUCCCAGUUAUUUGUAAUACAUUUAGUACCCCAUGGUUUGGCUAUUCGUUGACUCUUGGGUAACCGCUAUAUGUAUUAUUUUGCUCUUGCGUGAACAUUUUUUUGUAAUAUUCUUUUGUCUGUAGAUUCUUAAGUUGCAUUUUAAUAUAUUUGUUUUUGUGUUGGAAUGUCUUCUCUCUGCUUUAUGGUUGGAGAGAUACAAGUAGAAAGUACAUGUAGCAGUUAUAAUUUGCAUGAAUGAGAAAUCUGACUUCUUUAUUAUUAUUUACUACAUUUUCAGAUAGAACCUAUCUUGCAUUACUUUUUAUUCCAAGUACUACAAAAUUGCUAUUAUUCUGUACUGCCAAACCAUUUAAGAGGAUCAUCACCUGCCUUAUAUACAACUGUGCCAUAGAAUUUAGGACUGCCGUUGUAAUGCAUGUACUCAUUAAAUAAUAAAAUGCU